AUGGGCAAGAAGUGGCGAUGGGGCGUCAUCCUGGACGCCGGUUCCUCAGGCACGCGCCUACACAUAUAUCGGUGGAAGAAUCCCGCAAAGGCUCUCAAGGAUGCUUCUCCGGAGGAGCUUCACAGCUUGCCUAAGCUGAUGACGGAGAAGAAAUGGACCAAGAAGAUCCGCCCUGGUGUGUCGACAUUUGGCGAGAACCCUUCCGAAGUUGGCCGCGAGCAUCUCCAAUCUCUUGUCGACCACGCCCUCGACAUCAUUCCUGAAGAUCAAAUCCAUGAUACCCCGAUAUUCCUCAUGGCAACGGCCGGCAUGCGCUUACUGCCACAGGUUCAGCAAAAGGCCCUGACACGCGAGAUAUGUUCCUAUUUGCAGCAAAACACGCAGUUCUCCUUGCCCGACUGCGACUUGCAUAUCCAGGUGAUCAAGGGCGAAACAGAAGGGUUGUACGGCUGGAUCGCCUCAAAUUAUUUGCUGGGGGGUUUCGACCACCCUGACAUGCACAACCAUGGCAAAGACCACCACACGUAUGGCUUCCUCGAUAUGGGUGGCGCCUCGGCCCAAAUAGCCUUCGCACCGAACGCCACCGAAGCCGAGAAGCAUUGGGAUGAUUUGAAGCUCCUGCGGAUGAGAACUAUGGACGGCAAGCCUUCCGAAUACAAGGUCUUUACUGCAACGUGGCUAGGCUUUGGCGUCAACCAGGCCCGCGAGUCUUACGUCAAGACCUUGGAAGAUGCCUAUCAAUCACCAGACGUUGUUGAACUCCCAGAUCCAUGCAUGCCUACUGGGUUGCGGACGACGUUGGAUGGACAGCCGGCGGACAAGAGCGACAAGACGGCGCCAACUCUAGUAGGAACGGGCAACUUCAACGAAUGUCUACGCAAGACAAAACCGUUGCUUGGAAAAGAUGUGCCCUGCGAAAACGAGCCUUGCUUGCUCAACGGACAGCACGUGCCGGCUCUCGACUUUGACGUGAACCACUUCAUCGGAGUGUCCGAAUACUGGCACACGACCCACGGCGUAUUCGGCACCAAGGACGACAAAGCAUAUGAUUUCAACACAUACCAGGAGCGUGUGCAGGAGUUCUGCAGCAGAGAUUGGGAUGGUAUUGCGACGGAGUACAGCUCGAAGAAGGAGAAGAAGGCACGCGAGGCACAAGAGGCCUGCUUCAAGGCGUCAUGGCUCAUCAACGUAUUGCAUGAGGGAAUCGGCAUACCGAGACUUGGUCUCGACAAACCGCCAGCCGGUUUCAACGUGUCACAAGGAGCACUAGAGCACGCCAAAGAGAAGGGCUUCCUCGACCCCUUCCAACCCGUGGACAAGAUCGAAGGUAUCGAAGUAAGCUGGACCUUGGGCAAGAUGGUGCUGUACGCCGCAGGGCAAAUUCCACCACAGGGUAACAAGGACCUCCCCGUCGGCUUCGGGAGCAAUCUGCCGGGCAAACCGACACCACCUGACUUCAAUUUUGCCGGAUCGAACUGGGAACCUCUCAAACACGAACCUGACGAUGACGACGAUUGGACCGACACAGCGGAUGACUUGUUGGAGAAGGCCACGAAGAGGUCGACGUCGGGUUUCUUCGUCUUUGUGCUCAUCCUAGUCCUUCUCGCUUAUGUGUUUAGGAAAAAGGAGCGAAGGUUGCGGCUCUACUCCAAGAUCAACUCUGUCUUCCGCCGUGGCAGGAGGCCCGGUAGUCCUAGAAAGGGUGGUCGCGGAUUGGCAGGACUGACCCACAAAUUAUUUGGCCGAUCAUCCGCCAACUAUGAGCGAGUGAUGGAAGAGGGCGACUUGGAGCAGUUUGAACUGGGCGGCGUGGACUCGGACGACAACGACCACUCGGACAGCACAGAAGGAUCUCGCGUUGGCAGGUCUUCGGGACUCGCGACACCCAAGGUCAAUAUCGAAUUAUACGAUGACUCACGGACUGGUUCGGCUAUCGACCGGAGCGGCCUGGUUGUCCGCACAGAAAGCAGAGAGAGGCUCCAGCUUCAAAUGCUGAACGCUGGAAGAAGAAGCAGGGCGGGAAGUCCCACGAGACUGAAAAGCCCGUUGAUGACGCCGCUGGAGGAGGAUUGA